AUGGUGAUCAGUAGGCGAAAGAUCUGGAGAGUAGGGCGGAUAAGGUUUACUUCUGUUUCGGCAGGGAAGUGCAGCGCAAACUUCAUAACGAACAUUUUAUUUGGCGGUCGUUUGAUGCACGAGGAACCCAAGUUCAAGCUUUCUUACCUUUCCAAUUGCGUUGAGGUGGUCAGUGACUUGCUAACUGACGGUUUCUCUGCAAUUUCACGAACAGAUGUUGAGGAAUUUUCUUCGAACAAAGCCCGCAGGACAUUGUCGUCAAGGAAAGAUGACCUCUUACGACCACGGUUGUCUUAA